AUGGCUAUCGUGGCUGGAUUAUCGCUGCCGGCUAUCACAAGGCUGAAGCGAACUGUGAUGCGUCUCGAGUGGAAAAGUCGACUUGAAAAUCCUUCAACACCAACUACGACUCCUACUGCGGUAACUUUUUCGUAUGCGAGGCCACAUGGAAAGCGAUCAAUGAGCGAGCUGAAACCGUUGGCAGCUCUCAAAAGAUUGUGGAUUCCCUUCUUCGUGUUGCUACUGAAGGACUUGUUUCUCGUCUACCACGGCAGUGUACGAACGCUUCCUAACGGCCAUCUGAAUUUUGUGGCCUUUUCUCAAAUUGCCGAGCAGCUCCGCUCAGUGGUGCAGUGGAAAGGAGCGCAUUGCUCGUUUCCUAAGAACGCAUCUGUUCUACAGUACUUGCUGGUCUCACUGCUUUACGGCGAGAGAGAGUCCAUGUUGGCAUCGUUCGAGUGCGAACCGGCUGAGAGUAACUCUGAACGCGAACAACUGAAGAAGCUCAAAGUUCGCUGA